AUGGACAUGGACAUGAGCUCGACGACUCACCCUCAUCACUGGCUCUCCUUUUCCCUCUCCAACAACUACCACCACGGCCUCCUCGAGGCCCUGUCCAGCUCCUCCUCUGCGCAUCAACUUGGAGAUCAAGAGGGGACAGUGGAUGAGACGCCUAAGAUGGAGGACUUUCUAGGUGGUGUGGGCAGCGGCGCUGCUGGAACGACCGCGGUGGAUCAGAUCGGCUGCGGCGAGCUUGGUAGCAUCGCUGCCGGGUUCUUGCACCAGUAUUCGGCGCCUGGGAUGCCGGAGAAUCAUGGCGCGGUUACCGUUGCGGCGGCGACGACCGACCUGGUGGAAUCCGAUCAGGCCAGGAGGCCCGCAGAGACGUUUGGCCAGCGGACCUCCAUCUACCGCGGCGUCACCAGGCACCGGUGGACGGGGAGAUACGAGGCACACCUGUGGGACAACAGCUGCCGCCGGGAAGGUCAAAGCCGCAAAGGCCGCCAAGUCUACUUAGGAGGUUAUGAUAAGGAGGACAAGGCCGCACGAGCUUAUGACCUCGCGGCGCUCAAGUAUUGGGGCCCGACCACCACCACCAACUUCCCGGUGACCAACUAUGAGACGGAGUUGGAGGAGAUGCAAUCGAUGACGAGGCAGGAGUUCAUCGCGUCGCUUCGCAGGAAGAGCAGCGGCUUCUCACGAGGGGCAUCCAUCUACAGAGGAGUAACAAGGCAUCAUCAGCAUGGCCGGUGGCAGGCAAGGAUCGGCAGGGUGGCCGGAAACAAGGACCUGUACCUGGGCACUUUCAGUACGCAGGAGGAGGCAGCGGAGGCGUAUGACAUUGCGGCGAUCAAGUUCCGUGGCCUCAACGCUGUUACCAACUUCGACAUGAGCCGCUAUGAUGUCGAGAGCAUCCUCAGCAGUGACCUGCCAGUCGGGGGUGGGGCAGCUACCCGUGCUUCCAAAUUCCAGGCAGACCCAUCACUGCCACCGCAGAAUGCUGGCGUGGUGUCACCAGACAUGCUGCCGCCGUUGGAGAAGGACUACUGGUCCCAGCUCGCCCUGCACUACCAGCAGCAGCAGCAGCAGCAACAUCAACAACAGCAACAGCAACAUCAGCAACAGUUUCAUGCCUCUGCAUUUCAGACCUAUGGCUCCGGCGUGAACGUAGACUUCACAAUGGGCACAAGCAGCCACAGCAGCAGCAACGGUGGUGCCAUGUGGGGUGCAACUGGGCAGCAGGACGACGGCAACAGGCAGAGCAACAGCUAUUCCAGCGACAUUCCUUAUGCUGCUGCUGCUGCCAUGGUGUCUGGAUCAGCAGCUGUGUAUGAGGGCUCCACUGGCAACAAUGGCACCUGGGUCACGAGCAACCCAAGCACAGCUCCUCAAUUCUACAACUAUCUCUUCGGAAUGGAGUAGGUCACUAGUCACUGACUGUCUAGCUAGCUGCUAGCUGAAAUUGAGUGAUAGGCCUAGGACUAACAUGGAACUGAUCAAAAUUUUGGCUGCUGCUGCAUGCAUUGCAUGUGUAUGAAUGCAAUGCAUUAUUCUGCUAUUCCUUUUCAUUCCUGACACACUCUUGUAGCAGCAAACUCGUGUAUCAGCAGAAUUUCUAAUUCAAGUUAUUCUUCUAGUUCUGUGGUCA